AUGGAGCGCGAGUACGAAUUCUUUGUAACGACGGAUAAGCCAUAUAACCCAGCUGGUGCGGAACGAUACAUGAUACGACGGCUGGUGAUGCGCAAUCACUUCGACAUGAAGAUGGCUGGACCGCAGAUCAACCCGUCUCAACACUCUUCGAUCAGCACAGCCAUGGCGAAGAAGAAGCUAAAGAACCGAUUCCGGAUAUCCGAACCUCGGAUCAAGAAAAAGAAGGUCAAUAGCAGAAAGACGGAAGAUAUACGGCGAUCAAAAGAGAAGGGAGCAGCAAGACCGAAUGACCUUAGAGAUAGGUCUGAACCAAGGACAUCUUCGAAAGCUGGGGAAGAUGGCAAAGACAAGAGAGAAGACACGGAUGAAACACUAGCGCCAGGGCUGAAAUGCGGCCUGGAUGAUGAUCGGAUAGAUCCUUCCAAGGCUUCACCCAUACCUGAAACUCCAGGGCUGAAUGCGCUAUUCCAAUUGUACAAAAGUGCACCCAGGAACAAUGCAGUCGCCAUCGAUGCCCAGCACACGUGGAAAUCACUCAUCUCAAGUGAUGCUGGCUUGCUGCAUGCAACUCUAGCAAGCUGGGCACUAUACGGCAUGCUGGCCAAUGAACCCACUGACUUGAGAGUUUGCAAACUCAAGCACAAGAAUGAAGCAAUCAAGGCCGUCAACUGCAAACUUGCGACGUCUGGAGGAUGUAUAUCUGAUGAGGUGGUCGGUACUGUAUUGACUUUGGCAAAUCUCGAGAAUCUUCUUGGAGACUAUGAAGCGGCUGAACUUCACGUCACAGCGCUGAAGCGUAUGGUGAAGCUGCGAGGUGGGCUGUUUGCCUUUGGUCACAAUGAUGGCUUGCUGCGUGGCAUCAUAUGGUAA